AUGUUUUUUGAAUUUUUGGCUGCUACUGCUAAAUUGGUUGCUGGAACGGGUCUCCUGGGUACUGUUGCCGUUGCAAUACCUGUCGUCGUGGUGUCAUAUAUUGCAGUCAAUUCUGUUUGGAACCACUUUCACGACGACACAUCGGAAGUAUCCCGUGAACAUCCACCCAGUUAUGAAGAGGUUUCUUGGAAUGAACCUACCUGUACUCAUCAAGACAUUUCUUCCAAUCAAUUUUCCAAUUUUCAUCAACCCGCCACUUGGAGUGAACCAUGGUUUCCAUAUCAGGAUGUUUGUUGGAAUGGACUCACUAGUAUUCCUCAAGCCGUCUUCCAGAGUGAACUAUCCAACUCUCAUCAACCCGUCCCUCAGAGUGAAUCAUCAUGUUCUGGUGAACGUGUAUGUCCUUAUUGCGGACGGCGGAAUUGUCCUGGCCCUGUUUACAUCCCAUCUCAAAUGAAGAUUCCUCCAAAACUUCCUUCUGUUCGCAAAACCAAACAGUAUCGGUAUAAUUCCAAAACAGAAAAAUUCACGUUUUCCAAUGAUUCGUCUUCUACUGAUGAAGUUCGCGUAAUAGCUAAUUAUGUUGCUGGGAAUGUACCAAGAGGACAAGAUAAACUUAAAGAAUUGUUUGAAGCGUUGAAAAUAAUGCAAUUGCAAACAAUGCAUUUGAAGGCCUCCUCCACUCCCUGA